AUGCACGCCUCACAGCCGUUUGAUGACCCUUAUGCCAAGUGCUGCGGCGCUUCCCAGCAGCAGCAGGAGCAGCCGGAGCAGCAGCACCGGCAGCAGGAGUUGCAUCGGCAGCGGCAAGGCAGCAGCGGCAGCCUGCCCCCAGAGACGCCUCCGUCCUUCCCCGCCCCAGCCGCCUCGCCAUUCCAGCAGCAGCAGCUGUCCAAUGCCCACGCCGCCUCCAGCGGCCGCGGUUCCCUGGGCCCUUUCGACAGCAGUUUCUCCCCGACCGCCCCCGGCGCUCACGAGCCGUUCGCCACGCGCGCCAACGCGGCAGAGUGCAUGGCGUUCUUGCAGUCCGGCCUCGACGCCGCUGGCGCGCGCACGCGGCUGCCGGACGCCCUUUCUGCGGCGUCCGACCCGGCCGGCGCGCUCCCGGCCGCGCUCAACGCGGCGCACGAGCUCCUUGCGCUGCUGCGGCGCUCGGACGAGCUGCGGCGCGCGCAGGAGGAGGCGGCGGGACGGCUGCGGUCAGAGGCGCGCGCGGCGGGCCACGCGGCGGAGCAAAUGCGGGGGCGGAGCGAGCAGCGGGACCAAGAGGCCGCCGGCCUCAAAAUCAAGCUGCGGCAGCUGGAGGCGUGGUAUCGUUCUGAGGUGGCGCGCCUGGGCGCCGAGCGCGACGACCUUGCGCGCCGCGGCGCCGCGCUGGAGCAGCGGCACGCGCAGUUUGGUCACGAGCUGCGGCGGCGGGACGGGGAGGUGGAGAAGCUGCAGGGGCGAGUGCGGGCGCUGCUCAGGGCGCCAGCUGACAUGCGGCUGAGCUCGUCAAGCGACCUUGACCAGACACCGUCGCCGCCGCUACAGCAGCAGCAGCCACCAUCGGACCCUCAGCGGCGGCCACAGCAGCGGCGCGCGACCGACGUCAGCGGCGGCGGCACGCCGGGCGGCCUGCACGCGUCGCCGCCGCACGCGGCCGCACGCGCCCGCCGCGGCAGUGCCGACGCCGCCGGCGGCGCCCGCAUCCUAGCUCCGGGCGCGCCUCAGCGGCGGCUCACGACUGGCGGUUUGGGGGCGGGGUCCGCCGGAGGCCCGACGCCGGCCGCAGCCGCAGGGGUUGAUCCGUUGCCGGCCGCGGCGCCGGGCCUGGCCGGCGCAACAUGGCACGAGGUGCGCGCCAAGCUAGCCGAGCUACAGGUGAGGGCGCAGCGCGUCAAGGUGCAGUGCGGCGCGCCCUCUGGCGCCGACGGCUGGGACGGCGGCGCGGCGCACGUCGGCAGCGCGGGGCUGUUCUCGCCGCAGGCGAGCACGCCCCAUGAGCGGCUGCUGGUGGCGAAGCUCAUGGAGGCCAGCUCACCCGCCCGCCCCGUCGCCGCACCCUCGGCCUCGCGCAGCCAAAUCAUGGCGGAGCAGGAGCAUACCUUGAAGGUCGCCAUCGCAGCACUGGCUCCCGCAGCCGCGGGCGGCCGGCUGGGGGGCGGCGCUUGA